AGGAGCGGCUACGGCGAUAUGCGCGGGGGCGGUACGGGAGCCGCGCUCCCGGCGCUUCUGGCCUCGGUGCUCUGGGUCACCGUGCAGAGCCAGCAGAGAGGCUUGUUCCCUGCCAUUCUCAACCUGGCCACCAGUGCCCACAUCAGUGCCAAUGCGACCUGUGGCGAGAAGGGGCCUGAGAUGUUCUGCAAACUCGUGGAGCACGUGCCCGGCCGACCAGUUCGACACUCCCAGUGCCGGGUCUGCGACGGUAACAGUACAAAUCCUAGAGAGCGCCACCCGAUAUCACACGCCAUAGAUGGUACCAAUAACUGGUGGCAGAGUCCCAGUAUCCAGAACGGGAGAGAGUAUCACUGGGUCACCAUCACCUUGGACUUACGGCAGGUCUUUCAGGUAGCGUAUGUCAUCAUUAAAGCCGCCAAUGCCCCUCGCCCCGGAAACUGGAUUUUGGAGCGAUCCAUGGAUGGCAUUAAGUUCAAACCCUGGCAGUACUACGCAAUCAGCGAUUCGGAGUGUUUGACACGCUACAAAAUAUCUCCAAGGCGGGGACCUCCCACUUACAGAGCUGACAAUGAAGUGAUCUGCACCUCCUAUUAUUCUAAACUCGUACCACUUGAGCAUGGAGAGAUUCACACAUCACUCAUCAACGGCAGGCCAAGCGCUGAUGACCCUUCACCCAAGCUGCUGGAGUUCACCUCAGCACGGUACAUACGGCUUCGUCUGCAGCGCAUCAGGACGCUCAAUGCAGACCUCAUGACCCUUAGCCAUCGGGACCUCAGAGACCUUGACCCUAUCGUCACAAGACGCUAUUACUAUUCAAUCAAAGACAUUUCCGUUGGAGGCAUGUGCAUUUGCUACGGCCACGCCAGCAGCUGCCCAUGGGACGAAGAAGCUAAGCAACUGCAGUGUCAGUGUGAACAUAACACUUGCGGGGAGAGCUGUGACCGCUGCUGUCCUGGCUUCCAUCAGCAGCCCUGGAGGCCCGGGACCAUUUCAUCGGGCAACGAGUGUGAGGAAUGCAAUUGUCACAAUAAAGCCAAAGACUGUUACUACGACGAGAACGUUGCAAAGGAGAAGAGAAGUCUGAACACGGCUGGGCAGUACAUUGGAGGGGGCGUUUGUAUAAACUGUCUGCAGAACACCACAGGGAUCAACUGCGAGACCUGUGUCGAUCAGUAUUACAGACCUCACAAGGUGUCUCCUUAUGAGGACCAGCCUUGUCGUCCCUGUGACUGUGACCCAGUGGGGUCCCUGAGUGCCGUCUGUAUCAAGGAUGACCUCCAUGCUGACGUAGCCAACGGGAAGUGGCCAGGCCAGUGUCCAUGUAAGGAAGGUUAUGCAGGAGACAAAUGUGAUCGCUGCCAGUUUGGCUACCGGGGUUUCCCAAACUGCACCCCCUGUGACUGCAGUACUGUUGGCAGCGUGAAUGACGACCCAUGCUCAGAACCAUGUCUUUGUAAGAAAAACGUUGAAGGAAAGAAUUGUGAUCGCUGCAAGCCAGGAUUCUAUAACUUGCAGGAAAGAAACCCGCAGGGCUGCUCUGAGUGCUUCUGCUUCGGCGUCUCUGAUGUCUGUGACAGCCUCACGUGGUCCAUUAGUCAGGUGACCAAUAUGUCAGGGUGGCUGGUCACUGACUUCAUCAGCCCAAAUAUGAUCCGGUCUCAGCAGGAUGCCCUGGGCGGGCGCCAUCAGAUCAGCAUCAACAACACGGCAGUCAUGCAGAGACUGAGGUCCACGUACUACUGGGCAGCUCCGGAGGCCUACCUCGGAAACAAGCUGACGGCAUUUGGCGGGUUCCUGAAGUACACGGUUUCUUAUGACAUCCCGGCGGAGACAGUCGAUGGGGACCUCAUGUCUCAUGCUGACAUCAUCAUCAAGGGAAAUGGGCUCACUCUAAGCACACAGGCGGAGGGCCUGUCCUUGCAACCCUAUGAGGAAUACUUCAAUGUGGUUAGACUUGUGCCCGAGAACUUCCGGGACUUUAAAUCCAGAAGGGAGAUUGACCGUGACCAGCUAAUGACCGUCCUGGCCAAUGUGACACAUCUCUUGAUCAGAGCCAAUUAUAAUUCUGCUAAAAUGGCACUCUACAGGCUGGAUUCCGUCUCUCUGGACGUAGCAAGCCCUAAUGCUAUAGACCUGGCAGUAGCCACUGAUGUGGAGCAGUGUGAAUGUCCCCAAGGCUACACGGGGACCUCCUGUGAGUCCUGCCUCCCGGGCUAUUAUCGAGUGGAUGGGAUACUCUUUGGAGGAAUCUGCCAGCCCUGCGAAUGCCACGGCCAUGCAUCCGAGUGUGACAUUCAUGGAAUUUGCUCCGCGUGUACACACAACACCACAGGGAAUCACUGUGAACAGUGCCUGCCCGGCUUCUACGGGACACCUUUGCACGGGACGCCGGGGGACUGCCAGCCUUGUGCCUGCCCCCUCUCCAUUGACUCCAACAAUUUCAGCCCCACCUGCCACCUUACUGACAGAGAGAAUGUGGUUUGUGACCAGUGUGCUCCGGGUUACUCAGGAUCCUGGUGUGAGAGAUGUGCAGACGGUUACUAUGGGAACCCAGCAGUGCCAGGGGGAACCUGUGUACCAUGCAACUGCAGCGGCAAUGUUGAUCCGUUGGAGGCUGGCCACUGUGACUCUGUCACCGGGGAAUGUCUGAAGUGCUUGUGGAACACAGACGGUGCCCAUUGUGAAAGGUGUGCAGAUGGCUUCUAUGGAGAUGCUGUGACUGCCAAAAAUUGCCGAGCCUGUAACUGCCAUGAAAACGGCUCCCUUUCUGGCGUGUGCCAUCUGGAAACUGGGCUGUGUGAUUGCAAACCUCAAGUGACAGGCCAGCAGUGUGACCAGUGCCUGCCUGGCUAUUAUGGGCUGGACACAGGGCGUGGCUGUGUGCCCUGCAACUGCAGUGUGGAGGGCUCCACAUCAGACAACUGCACAGAGGAUGGCCAGUGUCCCUGUGUACCAGGCGUCGGUGGGAAAACAUGCGACAGGUGUUCACACGGCUUCUAUGGGUACCAGGAUGGUGGCUGUACACCCUGCGACUGCGCACAUACUCAGAAUAACUGUGACCCCGAUUCUGGAGAGUGCCUCUGCCCUCCUCAUACCCAGGGUCUGAAGUGUGAGGAGUGUGAAGAGGGGUACUGGAACCUGGACCCAGAGCGGGGGUGCCAGGCUUGCAACUGCAGCACUGCUGGCUCCACGGGUCCCCAGUGCGAUGUUCUCUCUGGCCAGUGCCAUUGCAAAGAAGGGUUUGGUGGGCAGAGCUGCGAUCAGUGCUCCUUGGGUUACAGAAGGUUUCCUGACUGUGUUCCCUGUGACUGCGACCCGAGGGGGACACUGGCCGACACCUGUGACCUGGAACAGGGUCUCUGCAGCUGCACAGAGGACAGUGGUGCCUGCUCCUGCAAGGAGAAUGUCCUGGGACUCCAGUGCAGUGAAUGCCGAGCCGGCACCUUUGCCUUGCAAACUGUCAGCCCCCUAGGCUGCAGCCCAUGCUUCUGCUUUGGUCUGUCCCAGCUCUGUUCAGAGUUGGAGGGGUAUGUGAGGGCUCCGAUAAUGCUUGCCUCCGAUCAGCUCCUCCUGCACGUGGUUUCCCAGAGCAACCUCAAGGGCACGGUUGAGGGUGUGCAUUUCCAGGACCCUGACACCUUGCUGGAUGCAGAGGCUGUCCGCCAGCAUGUCCAUGGGGAGCCAUUUUACUGGCGGCUUCCAAAACAGUUUGAGGGAGAUCAGCUCUUGGCUUACGGAGGGAAACUGCGGUACAGCGUGGCUUUCUACUCUACCCAUGGCUCCGGCACAUCCAAUUACGAACCUCAAGUUCUCAUCAAAGGAGGUCGGGCCAGGAAGCACGUCAUUUAUAUGGAUGCCCCAGCGCCAGAGAAUGGAGUGAGACGGGCUUACGACGUGGGAAUGAAAGAGGAGUUUUGGAAGUAUUUUAACUCUGUGUCCGAAGAGCAUGUUACGCACUCCGAUUUCAUGUCUGUUCUGAGCAAUAUUGAGUAUAUCCUCAUCAAGGCAUCAUACGGUCAAGGAUUACAGCAGAGCAGAAUCGCCAAUAUUUCCAUGGAGGUUGGCAGGAAGGUUGGAGAGCUGCCCCCUGCGGGAGAGACGGCGUCCCUGUUAGAACACUGUGUCUGUCCUCCUGGCACCACGGGAUUCUCCUGUCAGGACUGUGCUCCUGGGUACCACAGAGGGAAGCUCCCAGAAAGCGGUGGCUGGGGACCCCGCCCUCUUCUGGCUCCUUGUGUGCCCUGCAGUUGCAACAACCACAGUGAUGUCUGUGACCCCGAAACUGGCCAGUGUCUGAACUGCCGCGACCACACAGCUGGUGACCACUGCGAGGUGUGUGCUCCCGGCUUCUAUGGGAAGGUGAUUGGGUUGCCUGGAGACUGCACCCCGUGUACCUGUCCUCACCGCCCCCCUUUCAGUUUCAGUCCCACCUGUGUCUUGGAAGGUGACGGUGGUUUCCGGUGCGACGCCUGCAUCCCUGGCUAUGAAGGACAAUACUGUGAAAGGUGCUCUACAGGCUAUCACGGCAACCCUCGUGCAGCAGGUGGCAGCUGCCAGAAGUGUGACUGUCACCCCCAAGGCUCUGUCCACAGUGACUGUGACCGCACAUCUGGGCAAUGUGUUUGCAAGCCAGGAGCCACGGGACUCCGGUGUGAGGAAUGCCGGCCAAGAUACAUCAUGACGGAGAGCGACUGUGUUUCCUGUGAUGAUGAGUGUGUGGGCGCCUUGCUGAAUGACCUGGAUACUAUCGGCGACGCUGUUCUGUCUCUGAACUUCACUGGCGUUUCCUCUGCUCCAUAUGGGAUCUUGUCAAGUCUGGAAAACACAACUAAAUAUUUCCAGAGGUAUUUAUUAAAAGAAAAUGCUAAGAAGAUUCGGGCAGAAAUCCAGCUUGAAGGUGUUGCAGAACAAACAGAAAACCUGCAAAAGGAGCUCACUAGAGUUUUAGCAAGCAGUCAGCAGGUGAAUAAAGCAACGACAAGAACUGUCAAGGGGACUCAAACCCUGUCCACGUUCAUUGAGCAGCUGCACGCCAACAUCAAAGACAUCACAGAAAAGGUGGCAGCUUUGAAUGAGACCUCACAUGGGGACGUCCAGCCACCCAUUUCUGCUCUUCAGAGCAUGCACCAGAACAUUUCUUCUCUGCUGGAACUUAUAAAGAAAAGGAAUUUCACAGAGUCGCACCAAAAUGCUACCCUUGAACUCAAGGCCGCUAAAGAGUUAUUGUCACGAAUUCAGAAGAGAUUCCAGAAGCCCCAGGAAAAGCUGAAGGCAUUGAAAGAGGCAGCCAGUGGCCUCCUUUCAAACCGCAGUGAAGAACUGCAGGCAGCAGAGGAGCUCCUGAGGGAAACUGAGACCAAGACCCAGGAGAGCAACCGCCUGCUGCUCCUCGUCAAGGCCAACCUGAAAGAGUUCAGCGAGAAAAAGCUGAAUGUUCAAGAAGAACAAAACUUGACCUCAAAGCUCUUCGCCAAAGGAAGAGAAUGGAUAGCUUCCGCCACUGCUCAUGUGGAUACUGUUCAAGACACCCUAACGCAGCUGGAGCGGCACAGAGAUGAGCUCCUUUUGUGGACCAGUAAGCUCCGGGGCCACGUAGAUGAGCUGGUCAUGCAAAUGUCCAAACGGAGAGCUCGUGACCUGGUCCACAGAGCUGAGAGCCAUGCCUCUGAGCUGCAGAGCCUUGCAGGUGUUUUCAACAGUGACCUUGAAAAUGUUAGAAACGUGUCCUUGAACGCCACCAGUGCAGCCCACGUUCACGCCGACAUCCAGAUCAUGAUGGAAGAAGCAGAGAGACUGGCUGCUGAUGCUCACAAGACCGCAAAUAAGACAGCCUUGAUCUCGGAACCCCUGGUUUCUCAGGGGAACGCAGUUCUGCAGCGCACUUCCAGGUUUCUAAAGGAAAGCAUCAGUGCCAGGAGGAAGCAGCAAGGUAUUACACUGAAGCUAGAUAAGUUGAAAAAUCUCACGAGUCAGUUUCAAGAGAGUGUGGACAACAUCACGAGGCAGACCAACAACUCCUUCUUGAUACUUAGAGAAAUUCCUGGAGGUAUGAGAGAGAAGGGGAGGAAAGCCAGAGAGCUGGCUGCAGCUGCCAACCAGAGUGCGGCGAGGACACUAGAGGAUGUCCUGGGUUUAAGUCUGAGGGUUGUCAACACAUCAGUGGACCUGUCCAGAGUGAAUGCCACAGUGCAGGAGACAAAUGACCUUCUGCGUAGCUCCACAAUGACCACUCUGUUGGCUGGAAGGAAAAUGAAAGACAUGGAAAUGCAAGCCAACCUCUUAUUCGAUCGACUGAAGCCUAUGAAAUCGCUGGAAGAAAACCUAAGCAGAAACCUGUCAGAGAUCAAGCUUCUGAUCAGCCGGGCCCGCAAACAGGCAGCUUCGAUCAAAGUUGCUGUAUCUGCAGACAGAGACUGCAUCCGCGCCUAUCAGCCUCAGAUUUCCUCUGCCAACUAUAACACAUUGACGCUGACCGUUAAGACGCAAGAGCCUGACAACCUUCUCUUCUACCUUGGCAGCAGCACCAGUUCCGAUUUUCUCGCAGUGGAGAUGCGGCGGGGAAAAGUGGCCUUUCUCUGGGACUUGGGCUCCGGGUCCACAAGGUUGGAAUUCCCAGAUGUCCCCAUCAAUGACAACAGGUGGCACAGCAUCUACAUAACCAGGUUUGGAAACGUGGGGUCACUGAGCGUAAAGGAACUAAGUUCAGCUGAGAACCCACCAGUCAAAACAAGCAAAUCUCCUGGGAUGGCCAAGGUUCUGGACAUAAACAAUUCAACACGAAUCUUCGUGGGAGGGCUUGGAGGUCAGAUCAAGAAAUCUCCCGCUGUGAAGGUUACUCAUUUUAAGGGCUGCAUGGGAGAGGCCUUCUUGAAUGGCAAAUCGAUUGGCCUGUGGAAUUAUAUUGAAAGAGAGGGGAAGUGCAAUGGCUGCUUUGGAAGCUCGCAGAAUGAAGACUCUUCUUUCCAUUUCGAUGGAAGUGGGUACGCGGUCGUGGAGAAGACCCUGCGGACCACCGUGACACAGAUACUCGUUCUCUUUAGCACCUUCUCCCCCAACGGGCUUCUUUUCUACCUGGCUUCCAAUGGCACCAAGGACUUUCUGUCCAUCGAGCUGGUCCGUGGCAGGGUUAAAGUGAUGGUGGAUUUGGGGUCAGGACCCCUCACUCUUAUGACAGACAGGCGCUAUAACAACGGAUCCUGGUACAAGAUUGCCUUCCAGCGAAACCGGAAGCAAGGGCUGCUGGCUGUCUUCCAUGCCUAUGACACGAGCGACAAGGAGACCAAGCAAGGAGAAACCCCAGGAACCUCUUCUGACCUCAAUCGGCUGGAGAAAGACUUGAUUUACGUGGGUGGAGUACCCCACUCAACAGCUGUGAGGAAAGGGGUCAGCAGCAGAAGCUACGUGGGCUGUAUCAAGAACCUGGAAAUAUCCAGGUCCACCUUUGAUUUGCUGAGGAACUCCUAUGGCGUGAGGAAAGGCUGUGCACUGGAGCCCAUCCAGAGUGUGAGUUUCCUGAGAGGUGGCUACGUGGAGGUACCGCCCAAAUCUCUGUCACCAGAAUCAUCCCUGCUAGCCACAUUCACCACCAAGAACAGCAGUGGCAUCAUCCUGGCUGCACUGGGCAAGGAUGUGGAGAAGGCUGGUUGGUCUCAGGCACAUGUGCCCUUCUUCUCCAUCAUGCUGAUUGAAGGCCGCAUUGAAGUGCAUGUCAACUCCGGGGAUGGGACCAGUCUGCGGAAGGCCCUGCUGCAUGCCCCCACUGGCUCCUACGGUGACGGACAAGAACAUUCCAUCUCCUUGGUUAGGAAUCGAAGAGUUAUCACCAUACAAAUGGAUGAGAGCAGUCCUGUAGAAAUGAAGUUGGGUCCGUUAGCCGAAGGAAGGACAAUCGACAUAGCCAACUUGUACGUAGGGGGGCUUCCGAUGGACAAGGGCACGCCGAUGCUCAGGAUGAGGACAUCUUUCCAUGGCUGUAUCAAAAACUUGGUCUUUGACUCUGAACUUUUGGAUUUCACCCAUGCGGUUGGCUCUGAACUAGUAGAGCUGGACACUUGCUUGCUGGCAGAAGAGCCCCUGCAGGACCUUCAUGAAGAACACGGGGAACUCCCUCCAGAGUCCCCAACACUACAACAGCCUGAACUCUGCGCAGUGGACCCGGCUCCAGGGUUUGUUCCAGGCGCUCACCAGUUUGGUCUCUCAGAAAACAGCCACUUAGUGUUGCCUUUUAAUCAGUCCGAUGUCCGAAAGAGGCUCCAGGUUCAGCUGAACAUCCGGACAUUUGCCUCCAGUGGCCUUAUUUACUACAUGGCAAAUCAGAACCAAAUGGACUAUGCCAUACUCCAGCUCCACGAGGGCCGCCUCCACUUCAUGUUUGACCUUGGCAAGGGCCGGACCAAGGUCUCUCAUCCUACACUACUCAGCGAUGGCAAGUGGCACACGGUCAAGACGGAGUACGUUAAAAGAAAGGGCUUCCUGACUGUUGAUGGCCAAGAGUCCCCAACUGUGACUGUGGUGGGCAAUGCAACCACACUGGAUGUGGAAGGGAAGCUGUACCUUGGAGGCCUUCCUGUCCACUACAGGGCCAGGAACAUUGGGAACACGACCUACAGCAUUCCUGCCUGCAUUGGGGAAGUAACAGUAAACAGCAAACAGCUGGAUAAAGACAGCCCCACGUCUAACUUUGCAGUGGACAGGUGCUAUGCAUUGGCCCAAGAAGGAACUUUCUUUGAAGGAAGUGGAUAUGCAGCUCUUGUCAAGGAAGGCUACAGAGUGCGGUUAGAUUUAAACAUCUCCCUGGAGUUCCGCACCUCCUCUAAGGAUGGCGUCCUCCUGGGAAUCAGCAGUGCCAAAGUGGAUGCCAUUGGCCUGGAGAUUGUAGACGGCAAGGUCUUAUUUCAUGUCAACAAUGGCGCUGGUAGGAUAACAGCUACAUACGAGCCCAGAGCCUCCAGAACUCUCUGUGACGGGAAAUGGCACACACUCCAAGCCCAGAAAAGCAAACACCGCAUUGCCCUGACCGUGGACGGGAAUCCUGUUAGGGCUGAAAGUCCUCACACCCAUUCUACCUCGGCAGACACUAAUGAUCCCAUUUAUGUGGGUGGCUAUCCUGCCCAUGUCAAGCAGAACUGUCUGACCAGCCAGACCUCGUUCCGGGGCUGUGUGAGGAAUCUGAAGCUGAGCAGGGGAACGCAAGUGCAAACCUUGGACUUGAGCAGGGCCUUUGACAUACAAGGAGUCUUCCCUCAUUCCUGCCCUGGGCCUGAGUCCUGAACUGCUGCCAGAACCCUCCUUCGGGAUCAUUGCUAACAUGCUGAGGAGAAACAAGUUGGUGAACUCAAGUGUCUUCUCUUCAGGUUUCAUUUCCAACUCAGGUUAUGUUUCCAGAGAAAAAAUGCUGUAUUUAUGUUGAACUAAAGCCACAUGUACAACAGAUACCUCUAUUAAAUAGUCCAAAA